AGACAUAUUUAAAGGAAGCAAACUAGGUUCCCAGAGGCAAGAUGACAUCUUGGAUUGGUUUUUGCUUCAUAUUCCUGAUUGCUCUGGCUGCAGAGAGAGGACUAUCCACACAGGAGGAGACAGAAACCAACUGCUGUGCACAGCUGAAGAGCUUAGCAGAAUGUGGGCGUGACAAGAUUGUCCUCCAGGGCCAGGCAGGCAUACCUGGAAUUCCAGGUAUGCCUGGAACAAAUGGACUUCCUGGGUCCAAGGGUGAGCCAGGACCUCAAGGGCCCCCAGGUGAAAAGGGCUCUGCUGGGAUAUCUGGAAAAGCUGGACCAAAGGGAGACAAAGGAGACAAAGGAGAAUCCUGCCGCUUAGAAAGCUGUCAGCAGGAAGAGGCAAGAGCCAGAAACUGCAAGGAGCUCCGUGAACAUGGAGAGACCCUCACUGGCUGGUACACCAUCUAUCCAAUCACAGGGAAAGUGAUGGUGGUUUUCUGUGACAUGGAAGUAGAUGGAGGAGGCUGGUUGGUCUUUCAGAAGCGGCAGGAUGGGUCUAUCAAUUUCUAUCGUGAAUGGGAAUCAUACAAGAAAGGAUUUGGGAGGCAAGAAUCAGAAUUCUGGUUGGGCAAUGAUAAGAUCCAUCUUCUCACCAGUUCUGGUACACAUCAACUACGGAUUGACGUGGAAGAUUUCAAUGGUUCCACAACUUUUGCAACAUAUUCCAGUUUCAGAAUCGCAAAUGAAAGUGAAAAGUACAGGGUAAAUGUGGGCUCCUAUUUGGAUGGUAACAUGGGUGAGUAA